AUGUCAUCUCGCCCCAGAGCGGGCCGGGGCACGACUGGCCGCGAUGGCACAGAAGUCCUUGAAAACGAUCUGCUCAACCGGACCCUUGAGAGUCUCCGAAAGGUCAAAGAAUAUAAUGACAAGCAAAAGGACCUUGGGGAUGAUAUUAUGGCUCUCGAAGGCGAGAUGAAGGCCAACGGACGUACCUCCGACCAACUGCAGCGCCUGGAUCAACUUUAUAGGGAGAUGCUUCGUUACGCGGAGCUGGAGCGAAAGGUGCAGGAGGAAGAAGACUUUAUCAGCAAUCUCGCUAUCCUGAAGACUCUCAAGACGAGCGACGAACCCGCACCGCGGAAUGGCCAGUCCAAGGUGCGGAAGCAGCAGAGAUCCAAUAUCGACCCUGAUGCGGUGGAUUCACCGGGGCCUAGCCCAGGAGACGGGCGCUCGGAGUUGAUGAAACGAGUCAAGGGGACAUCCCAACGUAGCUCAAGUACAGCGAGCCAGAAUCGAGCACCAUCAGCCAUCAGGGACGACAGCGUUGAGACAAACGUGGGACUUCAGGCCGAAAGGACGGGGCAGCUGAAGCCUGAAGUGGAAGUCUUUUACAAAUACCCGGACCUCAAGAUUCCCAAAGACACCAAGGACCAAAAGGCGCAAGAUGAACUCGAAGGCGUGGGCAUCCACGUCAUCAUCAAGAAGGUGCUACAGGACAGAAAGCCCGUUCAAUACGACGUGAGGGACCCAGAGGUCGAUGCCUCGUCGGGCAAGCCAACCUCGCGGCGGGUCCUUGCUAAGAAUCUUCUGCCCAUCCCGAAAGACAACCCGACCUUCCAAUAUUUCAAGGACGGCACGAGUGUGUACGCCAAGUAUCCCUAUACUGACACAUUCUACAAAGCCACAGUGCAGAGUUUCAAGAAACCUAACUACAGCCUGAGCUUUGACGACGACGACCAGGGGCUGCAGACUGUGGAAGGCCGUUUCGUCUUCGAGAACAAGGACAACAAGGACAACAAGCCGAAAGACAGCAAGCCGAAGAACUGA